AACAAAAAUUGUAAGGAAACUUUUCCACGCAUGUAUUACAAAGAGUUAGCCGAUGUCCAAUUCUUAUCAUUCCUUUUCAGAUUCCGCAUGCACGAAUGUAACCUUCUCCUAGCGACGCCUGCGUUGGAGGAGGGCAUAGAUCUGCCGAGAUGCAACCUCGUGUUGAGAUGGGACGUGCCGCCGUCUUACCGCUCGUACCUCCUGUGCCGCGGUCGCGCGCGCGCCCGCUCGGCCGCGGCCGUGCUCAGCGGCGCCGGCCACGGACAGACCGACCAACUGCUGAGAAACGUCGCUAUAUACAGAGAAUUGGAUCAGAUAAUAACAAGGAAAUGCGGAUGCGGAAUACAGAACGAGCCUCCGCAGGAAGAGGAUCAUGCGGAUACACUAAACAACAUCAUAAAGCCAUACGUGCCUGUAUUGUUAAAAAAUCCAAAUAAAACCACAAACUUCAUCGAAAACAAAGCACAAGCGGUGAAAACAGAAAGUAUCGAAAAUGAGUCGAAAAAAAAUUCUGACAAAAGUGAUUCUAAGAAUUCAGACGAAAAUGAUUCUAAGAGUUCUGACACGUCAGAUCCUACUGACACGUCAGAAGCUCUCGUCAGAACGGAGAAUAAUCUGAAGAACGAGAAUCUAGUAUGUAACAAAUGUACGGGCGUGAAACCUUGUGCGAGUGCGGAGUGUUUGUGCGUCAACGGUUCUGACGUUAAAACUGACGUCAGAUACGAAGUGAAGUCUGACGCGGAGGUUGUAGCGAGCGUGGACUUAAAUACGGCUAUAGCUUUGAUUAAUAGAUACUGCGGCAAGCUACCAUCAGACACGUUCACUCGCCUCGCCCCGCAAUGGUGGAUGGAAACAGUCCAACUACCCGACGAGAGUGGAACACACCGCACCGCGUACAUCUGCACGCUGCGACUGCCUCUCAACUGUCCCGUCAAGUACAAUAUAGUGGGUCACCCGAUGCCUACCGUGGUGUUGGCUAAACGGAUGGUAGCCCUGCAGGCUUGCAGGAUCCUUCAUAAGUCCGGGGAGCUGGACGACAACCUCAUGCCUAUAGGCAAGGAAAACUUCAAAGCGGCCGAGUUGGAAACGAACAGCAACACUGACGACGAGACGAACGACAGCGCCAGACCGGGCACCACCAAGCGUAGACAGUAUUAUUACAAACGGACCGCGUGGGCGUUCACAGAUUGUCAGCCGGUCAUAGACACGAGCGAUUCAGAGAUAGACUCACCAGAGAACGGUGCACCAGAAGGAACACCCACAGAAAAUAAGGAGAUUAAAGGUGAGUGUAAGAUAGAUAUAAAACUCCCCAUAUCUUUGGGAGAUGUGUAUGACAAGGUAAGUAUGAUGUUACUAACUAGCAAUCUAACGGAAUCCUCUCGCGUGAACCUCAUUUUAAACGAUUACUUAAUUAUUAAACAUUCGCACGCCGGAGUAAUAAACCAGUGCGAGUUAUAUUCUCGCGACGGGACGGGACCUGUUCGAAUGUUUCUUGCAAUAAAUAUGUGGAGAAGUGGAAUUAGAAGAGCAUUGGUUUGCGAAGUUAUUCAUUAUGAAGGUAUUCUCGCAGGCGGCAAGCGCAACAUGCUGUACGCCAUAGUGUGCAGGCUGUGCUGCGCCCUCCCCGAGCGCUACAACACGCGCGGCAGGAGGCUGCACGCGCCGCAGCACGCCGCGCAGGCGCUCGGGAUACUCAUGGCCAGGGACAGGCCCACCAGCCUGCAGAUCCCCGCGUUUCCUGUGUACACCCGGUCCGGGGAGGUCCGCGUCAGCGUAGAACACGUGCCUGACGCUGACGUCAGGGUGUCGCCGCGCAGAGGCCGACUCGUCAGGCGGUUCAUGCGGUUCGUGUUCUCGGAGGUGCUGCGCGUGCGCCGGCGCGGCAUGCGGCUGCACAGCGACGGCUCCACGCACAACAACUACUACAUCGUGCCGACGAUCAAGACGACUCGACCGGACGGCACAACGAAGAUAGACAUCGACUGGGCGUUCCUGGAAGUAAUAUACAGGCAUACAGAAGAGAAGAAGCAUUCGGAAGUGGAGAACGUGAUGCUGUGGCAGCAAGACGAGGAAGAUGAGGGCAUCGGGGAAGAGAAGACGAAGACUAAAGAAGAAGGCAAGCGGAAGAUGGACAACCCCCUGCUCAAGCCAGGGGAGACCUUUGUAUUCGACGCGGAGAAGUAUCGGGAGGCCGUGGUCACUCCUUGGUACAGGAACCAAGAUCAGCCUCAGUUCUUUCUAGUGGCCGAGAUAUGUUGGAAUCUGACCCCGGACUCCGCGUUUCCUUCCGCCCUGCACACCAGUUUCCGGAACUACUAUCAGAGUAAAUAUGGAGUAGUACUCACUCAGCCUGAUCAGCCGUUGUUGGAUGUCGAUCAUACUAGCGCUAGACUCAACUUGUUGACGCCUAGGUACGUGAACCGCAAGGGCGUGGCGCUGCCGGUGUCGUCGGAGCGCACGCGCCGCGCCAAGCGCGACCGCCUCGACCAGAAGCAGAUCCUCGUGCCGGAGCUGUGCCACGUGCAUCCCUUCGCCGCGCCGCUGUGGUUCGCCACCGUGGCGCUGCCCUGCGUGCUGUACAGGAUAAACGCUCUCCUCAUAGCUGAUGAGAUCAGACGAGCGGUGGCCAUCGACGUGGGUCUCGGGGUCCCGAAAAUCGAUGAGGACACGAUGCCGGGGUUCCAGUGGCCUCCUCUUGACUUCGGAUGGAGUUUGGCUGAG